AUGGAAAAGAUCAUCCUGGACAUGACCAACCUGCAGGGGUUCCGAAGUGGAGUGAAGAAUCGGAAUACAGUUUUCCCCUCCCUGUCCAUCACCCCAGCUGUAGGGGAGUGGCAGGAGGGGGGUGUUAAGGAGCUGCAGUCUCUGAAUGAGGAAGGCUGGACUGUUUUCAUCCGACAGCUUUGUUCCUCCCUUCAAGAACAGAAUCCCUCCACUCCUCUGUCCUCCUCCUCAGCUGCUAAUACUCCACUUUCUACCACAGCAGCUCGCUCCAAACUCAACCUGCUGUGUUACCUCUGCUGUGUAGCUGGACACAAAGUUAUUACUAACAUGCUGAUUAACUCACCACUGCUGUCAGUGUUGACCCAGCAAUUACGACAUGCUCUUAAUUGGGAUGUUAAAGGAAGUACUUUAAGGAUUUCAGGGAUCCUGGGCAUUGCUGCAACACUGCUUGGCACACCAGUCUCCUCUGCAGUGUCCGCAUUAUCAGACCUGUUGAGGGAUAAUCUGAAGAAUAGUAAAGUAAAGCAUUUCCUGCUGCCACCACUUGGGGAGCUUCUCUACCUCAUUGCAUCUCAGGAAGAGAAGAGAGGCUCCCCAGAGGGACUGUGGUUCGUUCCCGCUGCCGCCUACACUGGCUUAAUGAGGAGCCUGCGGGAAGGGGAUGAUUCCAUAGUUCAUCACAUUGCUGCAAAAGCCAUUGAGAACAUCUCCACCACUGAUUCGGGAUCCUCCCACCGCCUGUUCACCACAGAGAUGGGCUCGGCCCUGUGGUACCUGUUCACUCACUCCGAUGUGGAGGCUGUCAGACUCACGGCCAUCUCUUUAUGUUCGCACUCUCUUUUCAGAAUAACCCGGGUGGUCCCAGCAGUCUUCUCAGCUGUGAUUGACACAUGUGGCCCUGCGGCCAUCUUGGGGGGUGUGGGGGGUGCAGGGGCCAGGGUCCAGCAGCACCUGCUCACUGCUAUGGCCACUGCCUUAGUCACCUCACGCAUCCAAACCCACGUCACACAGACCAAGGAUUUGGUGAUGAAGGUGCUGCACUGUCUAGAGAGUCCAUCCACCGUAACAAGAGCCAAAGCAAUACUGCUACUGCUGCUGCUGAUCCAGGACAACUCGGACACACUGCUUUACUGCUGUCGUCACAGAUUCAUCAAAUACUUGGAGAGAGACCUGCGUGAAGCCACACCUCUCAAAGUGAACCCCGGCCAAUCAGAAUACCUGUCUCAGAGUCCGGACUUACUGGUUGUAUAUCUGACCGGCGUUUCACCACUGAUACUGGAGGACGUCCUAUGUGCAUUGAGAGAUGUGAUUGGCAGGAGACACCAAUCUCCAGCUCAGAGCAGACAGCUUAAACACACCUUGCCUUGUAUGUCUGUUGUGCUGGACCUUCUUUCGUCGCAGGUCUUUCGAUCUCAAAUUGUGACUGACGGGUUUCUGGCUCAAUUUGGAUUGCUUCUUAACUAUGUCACCUCUAUAGAGUCCAAUGAAACCAACCUGGCUAGAGCUCUGGGUGCAGUAAUAUUUGAUGAGUUGAUCAGGACAUGUCUGUCCAUCGUGAAAGUCCUGAGUCAGCACCACGCUCUCAUCACUUCACAUCAUCGUGCUGUUGUGGAUGCCAUCCUGCCUCCUCUGACAACACUGGCUUUCAGCAAAAAUGUGGAGUGCUCUGUAGUUGUUUUGAUGGUGCUGUCCGAACUCAGUCUCACCCUGUUGGUCCACGAUGGUGAUAGUUCUAAUAAAGAUGAGAAGACGAAGGAAAAGACAGAAACUCUCAUUUACAAAACUAUUCAGAUCCAAAUGUUGUACUCAUGAAUGUUUGUGUUUAGGUAUGAAUCUCUUCUUCAAGCGGCAGAGCCUGUCCCGCUCUACGCACUCAAACUGCUGGUAUCAAUGACGGAAUACAGCAGGCAGACACAAAGGUUGAUCAAACGCAGUAGGAUCCUACCAACAGUUUUUCAGCUCAUUAUGGCCAAUAGAACUCAUGUUAACAGUGGGAUGGUCCAAAAUGCAGUUGCCUUGCUGUGUAACCUCACUGAAGAUUCAGUCUUAGACCUGGAGCCACUUCACCUGAAAGGCCUAAUGGAGUUGGUCGUGACUACCUUCUCGGCGGCUGCAGUGGUCUACCUGGACGAAGACAGGCAUGCCACAAGGAAGAUCGGCCAUCUUGUGUUAAAAGCUCUUCUGGAACUGCUUCACAACAUACUAAAACAAACAUUACAUCUCGUCCGCUCUGCACUGAAGAGCCAGAGGCUAUCUUGUCCAGCAGUAGACAGGGAGGCAGCAGAGAAUCUGUUCCUAGCCAACAGACCCCUGAGUCAACUCAGCACACCCUUCAUUCACAUGCUGUCCACUGAAAACCAGGAAGUGUGGGCGGAAUCCAUUCCAUGUCUGUACCUAUUGGCCCGGCUGUACCGUGGAGAGGGUCACGACUGCCUGUCACCUUCCUGCUUGCAAAGCUUCUCACACGUGCUCUCCACACACAUGCACAUGAUGACGGCCCAAAUACAGCGCACAACCCUUAGUAUCAUCAAACAGCUGGUGCAGACUACAGACAGAUCUGAUUGGUUAGAAUGUCCUGAAGGGGCGGAUCUAGUGAGUCUACUGAAGGAUAUAACCACAUCUAACAGGUGUCACGUUGAUGUGGUUCCACUGGCUGGUGAAAUCCUCCAGGAGAUCUCUGGAUCCUAG